CUGCACGCCCUGCUCGGUCUCGGUCCGGGGCAGCCCGGGAGGUGUGGAAACUGCCUGUCCCCGGGGCUCUCUCAGAGUAGGAAAGGCGGGGAACGGCCUGCUCCCUCCCACUUUCGGGGCGCCUAGGCCAGUUCGCCCGCGCAGCCCUCGGGAACUUGUUAACCGGAAAGCUUGGCAGAGAAACAAAUGCCAACGUUUUGGAAGAACUGAGAGUCACGUCGUUAGGCGCUGAGGCUUUAUUUUCCUUCCCCGCCCCCUGCCCAACCUCGGCCCGACUUGGCCAAAGAAGGAUGUGUCACCAGCUCGGGGCCCUGGGCGGGAUCCCUGGCCCGGCUGGGUGCGGGAGUACCUGGAACAAAGACCCCAGAGCCGUCUUUCAUCCUAUUCUUCCAGAAGAGAAGGUGAAAUCUCAGUGAGGGAAGUGACUUGACCAACUUGCUCGCUUGGUCAGUGCCGACGCAGAAGCUGGGACGAGUAGCUCCUGACUGCCCGCCCACCUGGCGCUUUUCCCCUGUUUCUCCACUGGAGUAAAAAUAAAAGUUUCUCUGUCAUCACAGAAAAAUGGAUCAUUUAAACCUUUGGAGGACUCAGUUAUCACAAUACUUCUGUACUAUCAACUAAGAUUUAUGACAGUAAAUUUACAACAAAUUUCUGCAUAAAAGAAUUGUUGAAGAACUAAAAGAGGAUAUUCUUUUAUAAAAAAUUCUUACAGUAUCAUGAUAUUACUAAAUAAAACUAAAAAGCACAGUUAUUAAGUUAUUAGGCUUGCUAAUACAAGCACACAUGUGCAACAGCUACUGUAUCUUGACAGUUACCAAACCUCAAAUUUAGAUGGUGUUCCUUCGUGGAAAAGGUGGUUAUAUUUGCAAGAAGCCACUGAACAUUGUCAAAUGUAUUUUGGGCUAAGUGUCAUAUAGGAGAAUUUACUUGAAAAAAGUUAUAGAAAAUUCCAAGUCCCACCACUAAGUGGAUUUGAUAUUAUGGCAGCAACUUACAGACUUGUGGUUAGUACUGUGAACCACUACAGCAGCGUGGUGAUAGACCGGCGUUUUGAGCAAGCUAUACAUUAUUGCACUGGAACCUGCCACACCUUCACACACGGGGUUGACUGCAUUGUGGUACAUCAUAGUGUUUGCGCAGACCUCUUACACAUCCCUGUGUCUCAGUUCAAAGAUGCGGAUCUGGACUCUAUGUUUCUACCCCACGAAAAUGGGUUUUCCUCAGCUGAAAGUGACUAUCCCCAUCAGGCCCUCACGGGCAUACCUAAAGUCAAGAAAGGAGCUACAUUUCAGAACACCUGUAACUUAAAGGACAUUGCAGGAGAAGCAAUCAGUUUUGCCAGUGGGAAAAUAAAAGAAUUUUCCCUUGAAAAACUCAAAAAUUCUAACCACGCAGCUUACAAAAAGGGAAGGAAAGUUAAGUCUGACUCAUUUAAUAGGAGGUCAGUUGAUUUUGACUUGCUCUGUGGCCAUUAUAACAAUGAUGGGAACUCCUCAUCCUUUGGUUUACUCCGGAGUUCUUCAGUUGAGGAAAAAUCUUUGUCCCAUAGGAAUUCACUUGAUAUGAACCUGACUUCGAUGUUUCUUCACAACUUCUCUGAAGAAGACCUGGUUACUCAGAUUUUGGAAAAACAUAAAAUAGAUAAUUUUUCUUCUGGAACAGACAUAAAGAUGUGCUUGGACAUUUUGCUGAAAUGCUCUGAGGAUUUAAAAAAAUGCACAGACAUCAUAAAACAAUGCAUAAAGAAAAAGUCAGGGAGUAGCAUCAAUGAAGGAAAUGGUAAUGAUGCAGUUUCUAGUUCUGAAACUGUCUAUAUGAAUGUAAUGACCAGGUUAGCAUCCUAUCUGAAAAAGCUACCAUUUGAAUUCAUGCAAUCUGGGAAUAAUGAGGCCGUAGAUUUAACAGAACUGCUCAGCAAUAUGCCUAGUUUACAACUGACUCCCUUCUCUCCAAUAUUCGGCACCGAACAGCCUCCUAAAUAUGAAGAUGUUGUACAGCUGUCAGUCCCUGACCAUGGACAGUUUCAAACUGUAGAAUUGCAAGAUGACAAGCACAGUUCUAGGAAAACAGACACUGUAAAAUCCUUUCCAAACAACUCUACAAAUUCCUUAUGUAACUUAGAGGUUAACGAUCCCAGGACUCUAAAAGAUGUCCAGCUUCAAUCACGGCCAUUAACCAUGAAACCUUUAGAAAAUGUUUCUUCUGGUGACCUAAUGGAAACCCUUUAUAUUGAAGAAGAUUCAGAUGGAAAGAAGGCAUUAGAUAAAGGUCAAAGGACAGCGAAUGGACCCAGUCAGGAGUUGUUAAAGGUAAAUGAAGAUAGAGCAGAAUUAUCAGAACAUGGUACUCAUCCGAAAAAAUGUCCUGCUUCAGUGCAAAAUGAAAUUGGUAAGAUAUUUGAGAAACCUGUUAUUAAUCUACCUAAGGAAGAUCUUAAAUCAAAAGUUCCUAAAGUCAAAGAGGGAGAUCACAGAGAUUUUAUGAAUCCUAACAGUCAGGAAGAGAUAGAUAAACUGUUAAUGGAUUUGGAAUCUUUUUCACAGAAAAUGGAGACCUCUCUAAGGGAGCCACUUGCCAAAGGUAAAAGCUCUAACUCUCCAAAUAGCCAUAGUCAGUUGCCUGGUCAGCAAACUGUAGAUCUGGAGCCUAAACCUUCCUGUCUAACAAGAAUUAUUGAAACCAAUGGACACAAAAUAGAGGAAGAGGAUCGAGCCCUCUUACUCCGAAUUCUAGGAAGCAUUGAAGACUUUGCUCAAGAACUAGUUGAAUGCAAAUCAGGCAGAGGGAGCCUAUCACAAGAAAAGGAAAUGAUGCAAAUUCUACAGGAAACCUUGACGAAUUCCUCCCAGGCCAGUUUAUCCGUCUGUAGAAGUCCUGUUGUUGAUAAAGCCAAAGAUUCUACUUCAGUGGUUUUGAUUCAGCAGACCCCAGAGGUUAUCAAGAUUCAAAAUAAACCAGAAAAGAAACCUGGAACACCACUUCCACCUCCAGCCGCCUUUCCAAGUAGUCCCCAACAACUCUCCCCUGUUCCUCGUGUGAAUAACGUUGUGAAUGCACCAUUGUCCAUAAACAUUCCACGGUUCUACUUUCCUGAAGGACUCCCAGAUGCCUGCAGCAACCACGAACAGACACUCAGCAGAAUUGAAACUGCUUUCAUGGACACUGAAGAUCAGAAAGCAGAUAUCUAUGAAAUGGGAAAAAUUGCAAAGGUCUGUGGCUGUCCUCUCUAUUGGAAAGCUCCAAUGUUCAAGGCUGCAGGGGGAGAGAAGACAGGAUUUGUGUCAGCACAGUCAUUCAUUGCCAUGUGGAGAAAGUUGCUGAGUAAUCAUCAUGACGAUGCCUCGAAGUUUAUCUGUCUUCUAGCAAAACCCAGCUGUAACUCUCUAGAACAGGAGGAUUUUAUCCCUUUACUUCAGGAUGUGGUGGAUACACACCCUGGCCUCACGUUCCUGAAAGAUGCUCCAGAAUUCCACUCCCGCUACAUCACCACGGUUAUUCAGAGAAUAUUCUACACAGUCAACAGAUCUUGGAGUGGAAAAAUUACUUCAACAGAGAUAAGAAAAAGCAACUUUUUGCAAACUCUAGCCCUUUUGGAAGAAGAGGAAGAUAUAAACCAAAUCACAGACUACUUCUCCUAUGAACAUUUUUAUGUUAUUUAUUGUAAAUUUUGGGAGCUAGAUAAUGAUCAUGACCUCUGCAUCAGCCAGGCCGAUCUGUCUCGCUACAAUGACCAGGCUUUGUCAAACAGAAUUAUUGAAAGGAUAUUCUCUGGGGCAGUAACAAGGGGAAAAACAGUACAGAAAGAGGGAAGAAUGAGUUAUGCAGAUUUUGUUUGGUUUUUGAUCUCUGAGGAAGACAGAAGGAACCCCACCAGCAUUGAGUAUUGGUUCCGCUGCAUGGAUGUGGAUGGAGAUGGUGUACUCUCCAUGUACGAGCUGGAGUACUUCUAUGAGGAGCAAUGUGAACGUAUGGAAGCCAUGGGCAUUGAGCCCUUGCCAUUCCAUGAUUUGCUCUGCCAAAUGCUUGACCUAGUGAAGCCAGCCAGUGAGGGCAAAAUAACUCUACGAGAUCUGAAGAGAUGCAGAAUGGCUCACAUCUUUUAUGACACUUUCUUUAAUCUGGAGAAAUACUUAGACCAUGAACAGAGAGAUCCCUUUGCAAUCCAGAAGGAUGUUGAAAAUGAUGUGCCUGAGCCCUCUGACUGGGACAGGUUUGCUGCUGAGGAGUAUGAGACCCUUGUAGCAGAGGAGUCUGCACAAGCACAGUUCCAGGAAGGCACUUUUGAAGAUUAUGAAACUGAGGAACCUGCCUCUCCCUCUGAACUUGGAAACAAAGGUAAUAAAAUAGUAACCUCAAGCCUUGCAGAGAAAUGUGGAAAGCUUCAGUCAGUGGAUGAAGAAUAAUCGUCAAUGUCUACAUAUUGAAAGAUAUUUAAAAAAAUUUUUUUUCUUGUGAAGAGAUGCUCUAGUUUGCAUACUGCUUUUAAAGGCUUUGAUUUCUGCAAGUGUGUAUAUGCACUAGGAACUUUAAGACAUUUUUAAGCAACAAGUCUGGAUAUACAUACUCAAUUUGGGAGAUUCUUCCAAUUUGCCUCAAACCUCUUACAGAGCUUUUCCUCAGAAGCAAAUAUAAUGUUCAACUUCCAAAGUCUGUGAACCAGCACUCUUCACCCCUGAAUGUACCAAGGCUCUCUUGGAGAAAGUACCAAGCACACAGUUCUCUGCACAAAAGCAGGAGCUGCCUCUGUUGUCCAGCAUCCCUGAGGCCCCUCAGGGUUCCCAUGGAACCCAGAAGAAACCUUCACUUGCAGAAAACAAAUCAAAAAUUCUGGAACUUGUAAAAGCAUUAAGGGCCUCCAGAACUGAAUUAGCCCUGGUAAUAAAAGCACUGCCAAAACAUCUCAGAGACUUCUUUUAAUUAUGUGUGUACUGCAGUUCAAAGAUCUUGAACUUACUUGGUUUAAUGUAUUACUUCACAAUGACCUGCCAAACUGCUAGUCACUUUACAUCCUCAGGUAUCAUAACCACUGGGCCUUCCAAUCUUGUUGGCAAACUCUGAAUAAUCUCCUCCCCAUCCUGACCAUGGAUCUUAUAUAAAACCUAAAGAAAAAACUUCUUAAAUGAAGACAAAUAUAGAAUUUGACUCAUACUUGAAAAAAAAGUUUCCUUUAACUCAUCUAAUAUUUGUAGAGAAUUACUGAUUUAUUCUCUACUAGACAUAUUUAUCACUUGAUAUUAGUCUAGGCCAACAGUAAAGGCUUCAAUCUAAACAUUUUUCUUUCACAUUGAAAAGAAACUAUUCCAAAUAUUCUAUCCACCUCAAUAUUAAUCACAAAAAUUGAAGAAACCAGUGAUGCUACCCAUAAAAGAAAGCUAUUUCAUGUUUACUGUAGUCACGGAUAUGUUCAUUACAGAAUUCUACAUUUCAGCAUGUCACAAUGCAGCCAAAUCCUGCAAUAUCCUUAAAGAUAAAAAUUGAAGAUAAACUAUAAAAAGGAUGGAAAUUUCUGAUAGUGUAAGAAACUGUUUAGUAUCUAUCUCUGUCAAAGUCAUCAACUUUUCCCCCUGGAUUUUUUAACCCCAAGUCCUGAAUGUCAGCAUAGCUUUCCUUCCGACCCCAUCUUGGUCCCCCAUGCUGGUGUGAAGGCCAAAAAAUGAAAUAAUCAAACCUCAGAGCUGUGGUAAGCAAAAAGUGGAGAACAGAACUUAAACAGGUACAGUAAUAGUUAUAAUCUUUGUCAAUAUCCUUCCAGUUUCCUGUUAUUUUACCUUCAUAAUCAGAACUGAUCUUCCAUUUAACUGUUAGAGAAAAUAACUAUUAAAACAGUAUCUAAUAGUUCACAAAGAAAAACUAAAAGCUUAAAAGUGACAUUUUUAGGAAACACUACAUGCAAUAACCUGAACAUACUGGUAAAUUAUUAGGAUUAAAAGUAUUUAUGUAAUACAUGAAAUUUACCAUUUAUCCCAUUCAACCUUUACCAUGGAAAAGCAAUUAACUUUUUCAGAUUAAAAAAAAUACUAAAAAGGAAUACCUUUUUUAGAAGCCAGAUAUGGUUUAAAGGUUUUAUUAUCCACAAUGAUUUAAACUAUUUCAAAGACUCAGCAAAAAGUAAAAAUUGCUUUCUGAUAAACGUUUGAUUUUUUUUUUUUUUUGACUAUUUGGCUUUACCUUUUUACCUUGUUUUUCCUUACUAAAGUCUUUUUGCUUUCACUUUGGUCAAUAUUUGGUUUCAAAAGUCAGUAAUUAUUAUAAAACUACCAUUAUCAUUCAAGAUAAGGCUAUUUUAAUUUAGGUUACCCCAAGUAUCACAUUUUCAGACAUAAGAAUGUGUUUCACUGUACUCCCUUCUAAACAGUUGAAUGCAAGAAAUGUAAAUUCUGAGGAACUAAGAUAGUAUAUAUUUGACUUUAUGGUAAAAAUCAUGCUGAAUAUAAUCAUUACUGCCCAACUGGAAAUUUCAAGUUGUUACAAUACCGAGGCUCCUUGAUAAAAGUUGAGGAUUAUCAUGAUCUUAAUGCUAGUCAAUUAAAAAUGAGUUUUAUAGCAUAUUAAUUGCCAAGGUAAUUGAACUAAUAAAAUUCUUUGUAUUUUCCCUGCAUCUUAUCUAUGUCAAUGUGUACUGUUCAAAGUGUUUAAAAAACUCUAGAUUGAUCAAAUGAGAUAAGUAAUUUGCUCAACUUUUGGUAAUGUUAAGAUGUGUUUGGAUGGAGAAGCCUGCAUGAUUUAACUUUUUUGUUUUUCCCUUUUUGCAAAACUAAAUAAAGACAAGUUGUCAAAUAUGAAUCACGUUCACUAAGA